AUGUCGGUGUCCCUCUCCAGCAUCCCUGUAGUGCUUAAGGAGCAGAACUACCAAGCCGACAUGCUGAAGGGCAGCCCAGCCCGUGGCUUCUACCCUGCCCCGGCCCCUCAUCCCUACCUGGACUUUUUCCCGCGGACGCACAAUCUCCUCCACCCGCUCAAGUCUCUCGGUCGACUGGUGUCGGACACUCGGGCUUCCCUGCCGCUGACCUCUCCGUUCCUCGGACAGAGCGGCCACAACGCCGCAAUCCUUCACGAUCACGUGUUGAGUGCCUCCGGGAGUCCGUACCUGAGCCAUUUGUUACCCGGACACACUCUUUACUCCAAGCCGGAGGAGCUGGCUGCUGUGGUGACGGAGCACGCUGCGGGUCCGCUCUCCUCAGACUUCAGCAGCCCGUCCAGUGAAAGGUCCUCAUCUGGCUCUUCCUCCGCCAUCACACCACACAAAGACAACCUGUUUCGCUUCCAUGGCACAGAUCUAUCGCCAGACAAAACUGUAACAUCUUAUAACUUUAGCGAAGAAGACUUGUUCAUGGUGCUGUAUGGUUACUCUGGCAACCAGGAGCGCAAUGUAGGUCAUGCCAUAUCAGGUGUAGCCCUGCCCGAAAAAUCAGCUUCUGACCUCCACAUCCCCCGUGUGGACAAAGAAACUUUGGAACUUCCUGAAGGAUUAAUCGUCCUCCAGGCAGCUUGGAGAAACGUUUCGCAGUGUGGGGUUUUCACGGAUAAAAGCAGCAUCCCCAAAGGCACGCGUUUUGGACCUUUCCAAGGAAAACUGGUCAACACCAGCGAAAUUAAAACAUACGAUGACAACACCUUAAUGUGGGAGGUUUUUGAGAACGGCCGGUUGAGUCAUUUUGUAGAUGGUAAAGGCGCAGCGGGAAACUGGAUGUCUUUGGUGAAGUGUGCUCGUUUCCCCGAAGAGCAGAACCUGAUUGCCGUGCAGUGCCAGGGUCAGAUCUUCUACGAGGCCUGCAAGGAGAUCACUGCAGGCCAGGAGCUUCUGGUGUGGUAUGGAGACUGCUACACGCAGUUUCUCGGGAUCCCACUCACACUGAAAGAUCCCAGAGAGGACAGUAACGCGCUUCUUGAAGAUACUGGCGAAGGCUUCAAAUGUGACAGAUGUGGAAAAGUGUUUGCUUACAAAUACUACAGAGACAAACAUCUGAAGUACACGCGCUGCGUGGACCAGGGGGACAGAAAGUUUCCCUGUCAUCUGUGCAACAGAUCUUUCGAGAAAAGGGACAGAUUGCGUAUCCACGUUCUGCAUGUGCACGAGAAACACAGACCUCACAAGUGCUCAGUGUGUGGGAAGAGCUUCUCCCAGUCAUCCAGUCUCAACAAACACAUGCGCGUGCACUCUGGAGAACGGCCAUACAAGUGUGUUUACUGCAACAAGGCCUUCACUGCCUCCAGUAUUCUGCGCACACACAUCCGCCAGCACUCCGGUGAGAGACCAUUCAAGUGCAAACACUGCGGGAAGGCCUUCGCCUCUCAUGCGGCCCACGACAGCCACGUCCGUCGGACCCACGCCAGAGACAAGCCGUACUCGUGCGAGCUGUGUGGAACGUCUUUUCAAGAGGAAGAGGAGCUAAAAUACCAUGUAAAAGUCCACAAAAAAAGACAAAUGUUAGACACCACCGGCCUCCCAUCUUCUCCGUUGAAUGUACGGCAGGAGGACUCAGUGUUACCCGAGAAGGACCGUCCAAAAAUGCAGAGUACAGGCCAAAACUUCCCCUACACCGGGUUGACGGUUUUAAACUCUAAAUAUCAGCCCUGGAAGUAG